CGACGGUAAAGAUUAUUCGACAUUGAUUCAGAAAUGGCGGCGACUUUUUAUUUAUUCAGAAAAUAUUGACCGUGAAAGGGUAAAAAGCGCAUCUACUAGCCCAUGACAGAUACUCUUAACUCAAAAAACAAGUCAUGGAAUCUCCAGAAUAUAUGGAUUCGCCAGAGUGUGAUGUAAAUCCAUCACCACCUCCAGAGUUUGCGGACAAUCCAGAGCUUUUGCAAGCUGAGAGUAUUGGAAAUACAGCAUUUAGCAAACAUUGGCUGUUCUCAACCUUGAUCAAAUUUAUUGAGGAAGUUGAUCGUGAAACUGAAGAGGAGAGUAAUCUAGCAGUUGAUGUAGAUGAAGAUCUUCAGAAUGAGUUGUGUAAACUGUGGGACAUGUCCAUGAACUCUGAUGUUGCCAUGUUCUUGAAUGAGUUUAAGGCUGUAGAUAUACUGACCGGGAUUAUAGAGAAGUCCAAGGCUCCAAGAGUUAUCGAAAUAUCUGUAGGAAUCUUAGGAAAUAUGGCGUGUGAAGCAGCAGUAUGUAAAGAAAUGGCAGAUAAUCAAAAAUUUAUAGAUUUAGUUAUACUUAUGAUGGAGACGAGAGAUGUUCCAACUUUGGUAGAGAAUACAAGAUUAAUCUAUACGUCACUGUCUAACACUGUAACACGAGGACCUUGGAUAAGAGCGAUACAGAGGUCAGAAGAUAUUCUAGAUCAUCUUAAGUUUAUAUUCUCGAGCUCUACAAACUGUGACCUGUUGAAGAAUACUGCAGAACUAGUUGAUACAUUGCUUGACUGUGAACCUGACCUUUGUGUUUCCUGGGCAACCAUUGACUUUGUACAUUCAUUGAUUGAAGCCACAGAACAGAUAGGGAGUAAUCAUAGUGAUGCCCUGGAGGUUUAUCUACAUAUUCUCCAGAGUUUUUCCACCACAGAGUCAGGGGUUGAAGCACUAG